AUGAGAACGGAGUUCUAUCCGAAGACAAGUUUAUUGCUUAGUGUGUCCUUUAGAUUUACAGAUCGUUUAAAUAAUAGCGGCUUGCCCACAGCUCCGCACCGUCAACACUGUGCAAGAGGUGGGGCCACUCACCGUCGAUCGAUAUCCAACAUCGAGCUGCUUAUUCCGCUCACGGUGUCCCGACUUGAAGCUCGUGAAGUUGACGGAGAAGACUCCGACGAGGACCAUCAAAUCGAUCGAGAUGAACCAUACAGUGCUAUUCCUGCGUUUGCGUUUACGCUGGAUACAGAUCCAAUUCCAGCCGCUGACCGCACUGUCCAGAGUUCUACAAAUUUCCCGAGUCUACCUCCACCCGAACUGAUACCGCAUCGGUCAUGGUAUUUGAAUAACAUACACCAGCGUCCACAAGAUACAGGAACAAAGAAACAGGUGCCUCACAAACGAAGUGAGCAAAUUGAAAGAUUAAAAGAGGAAAAGCGAAAAGGUUGCAGGGCGCUGGCCGAUCAGCACAGCGCGGAAGCGCGCGAACUGCUGCUUUACUUUUGCACCGAGCUCGUUGAUCUGCUGACAUCGCGCUGUGACUGCUGUGAGGAGGACCAACAUCUGAAGAAAUCAAGGUCAAUAGCAAGCAUGCCCUGGUUUGGAACAAUCGGUAUCAAGAAUCGCGCAAGGAACCAACAAGCACUCGACGAUGACCAAGAUGAUAGGUAA